AGCCGCUUGUCAGGCAGGCUUUGUGGCUUUGUAUCCCGUCCUGGGCAUCCCCCAGAACCUUGCCUGGCCCCUGCUCCUCCGUGUUCCUGGGGACCCAGCUUGCCACAGAGGUCUGCGGGACUUUGCGGAGCCUGGAGUCCGGAUGAGCGGCGCCAGCGCGCGGUGGGGGCUGGCCGCGGGCCCCCCAGGCCCCAGCCCACUCCCACCCCACCUCUGCAGGACGCCACCCGCGGCCUUGGGCUUUGGGGCUCUGCCCGCACACCCCCAGUGACGGGCCUCAGCACCUAAGGUUCCUGCUCAGCCCAGCCUCCCGCUGAGCUCAGGAAUGGUGUCGCCUCUGCUUCUGCACCCCCUCCUGCUCCUGGCCCUGGGCCUCGGGCUGACCACUGGCCUUGACCACAGUGAUCCCAACACCUGCAGCGUCUGGGAGAGCUUCACCACCACCACCAAGGAGUCGCAGUCCCGCCCCUUCAGCCUGCUGCCCCCCGAACCCUGCGAGCGGCCCUGGGAGAGCCCCCACACCUGCCCACGGCCCACGGUGGUCUACCGGACCGUGUACCGCCAGGUAGUGAGGAUCGACCACCGGAGGCGCCUCCAGUGCUGUCGAGGUUUCUACGAGAGCAGCGGAGUCUGCGUCCCACUCUGUGCCCAGGAAUGUGUCCACGGACGCUGUGUGGCGCCAGGUCAGUGCCAGUGUGCAGCAGCCUGGAGGGGUGACGACUGCUCCAGCGCGUGUGCCCCAGGAGUGUGGGGCCCCAAGUGUGAACGGCCCUGCCUCUGUGGCAACAGCAGCUCCUGUGACCCCAAGAGUGGGGCCUGCCUCUGUCCUGCGGGCCUGCAACCCCCACUCUGCCUGCUGCCCUGCCGCUCAGGCCACUAUGGCCCCGCCUGCCAGCUCAGCUGCCAGUGCCACGGGGCGCCCUGCCACCCCGAGACUGGAGCCUGUUUCUGUCCCCCGGGAAAAACUGGGCCCAGCUGUGAGCUGUCCUGCCUUCCCAGUACCAAUGACUUUCUCUGCCCCCGGACCCAUUCUUGCCACAAUGGGGGUGUCUUCGAGGACCCCCUGGGCUCCUGCAGCUGCCCACCUGGCUGGACGGGCACCAUCUGCUCCCUGCCCUGUCCCGAGGGCUUCUACGGACCCAACUGCUCCCUGGAGUGCCACUGCCACAACGGUGGGCUCUGUGACCGCUUCACAGGGCAGUGCCGCUGCUCACCCGGCUAUACUGGGGACCGGUGCCGGGAGGAGUGCCCGGUGGGCCGCUUCGGGCAGGACUGUGCAGAGACCUGCGACUGUGCCCCGGGCGCCCGCUGCUUCCCGGCCAACGGCGCGUGUCUGUGUGAACACGGCUUCACGGGGGACCGCUGCUCCGAGCGCCUGUGCCCCGACGGCUUCUAUGGCCUCAGCUGCCAAGUGCCCUGCACCUGCGACACGGAACACAGCCUCAGCUGUCACCCGAUGAACGGGGAGUGCUCGUGCCGGCCGGGCUGGGCGGGCCUGCACUGCAACGAGAGCUGCCCGCAGGACACGCACGGGCCGGGCUGCCAGGAGCACUGCCUGUGCCUGCACGGCGGCGUCUGCCAGGCCGACAGCGGCCUCUGCCGGUGCGCGCCCGGUUACACGGGCCCGCACUGCGCCAGCCUCUGCCCGCCGAACACCUACGGCGUCAACUGCUCCUCACGCUGCUCGUGCGAAAAUGCCCUCGCCUGCUCGCCGAUCGACGGCUCCUGCAUCUGCAAGGAAGGUUGGCAGCAUGGACGCUGUUCUGAGCCCUGCCUGCCUGGGACCUGGGGCUUUGGGUGUAAUGCCACUUGCCAGUGUGCCAACGGAGCAGCCUGCAGCCCCCAGACUGGAGCUUGUACUUGCACCCCUGGAUGGCAGGGGGUCCACUGCGAGCAGCCCUGCCCGAAUGGACAGUUUGGUGAAGGUUGUGCCAGCCGCUGUGACUGUGAUCACGCUGAUGGCUGUGACCCAUUUCAUGGACAUUGCCAGUGCCAGGCCGGCUGGACAGGGUCCCGCUGCCACCUUCCCUGCCCUGAGGGCUUCUGGGGAGUGAACUGCACCAACACCUGCACCUGCAAGAAUGGGGGCACUUGCGUCCCUGAAAAUGGCAACUGCGUGUGUGCCCCUGGAUUCCGAGGCCCCUCCUGCCAGAGAACCUGUCAGCCCGGCCGCUACGGGAAGCGCUGCGUGCCCUGCAAGUGUGCCAACCACUCCUCCUGCCACCCCUCCGAUGGGACCUGCUACUGCCUGGCUGGCUGGACAGGCCUCGAUUGUUCCCAGCCAUGCCCUCCUGGAUACUGGGGUGCUGACUGUGCCCAGCCCUGCCAGUGUCACCAUGGUGGGACCUGCCAGCCCCAGGAUGGGAGCUGUUUCUGCCCCCCAGGCUGGACUGGACCCCUCUGCUUGGAAGGCUGUGCUCCAGGAAUGUUUGGUGCCAACUGCUCUCAGCCAUGCCAGUGUGGUCCUGGAGAAAGGUGCCACCCGGAGACGGGGGCCUGUGUAUGUCCCCCUGGUCAUAGUGGUGCCCCCUGCAGGCUCGGAAGCGAGGAGCCCUUCACUAUGAUGCCCACCUCUCCAGUGGCCUCUCAUUCCCUGGGGGCCGUGAUUGGCAUCGCUGUGCUGUGCUCCCUGGUGGUAGCCCUGUUGGCACUGUUCAUUGGCUACCGCCACUGGCAAAAGGGCAAGGAGCACCCCCACCUGGCAGUGGCCUACAGCAGCGGGCACCUGGACGGCUCUGAGUAUGUCAUGCCAGAUGUACCUCCUAGCUAUAGCCACUACUACUCCAACCCUAGCUACCAUACCCUGUCACAGUGCUCUCCACGCCCUCCACCCCCGAACAAGGUUCCCGGGGGUCAGUUCUUUGCCAGCCUCCAGGGCCCUGAGCGGCCAGGGGGAGCCCAAGGGCAUGACAGUCAUGCCACCCUGCCUGCUGACUGGAAGCAUCGCCGAGACACCCCUCCUGGGCCUCCGGACAGGGGCAGCUGCCGCCUGGACCGAAAUUACACCUACAGCAACACCACUGGCCCAGGCGCCUUCUUCAAUAAAGGGCCCAUCUCUGAGGAGGGGCUGGGGGCCAGCAGAGCUUCCCUGAGCAGUGAGAACCCCUACGCCACCAUCCGGGACCUUCCCAGCCUUCCCGGGAACCCCCGGGAAAGCAGCUAUGUUGAGAUGAAGGGGCCCCCCUCAGCAUCCCUGCCCAGGCAGCAGCGGCAGCCCCAGUCCCAGAGAGACAGAGACAGCGGCACCUAUGAGCAGCCCAGCCUCCCGACGGCACGCGACCGAGACCGUGAGGGCUGCCAGCCCCCACUGCCGCAUGGCCUACCUCCUGGCCACUACGACUCACCCAAAAACAGUCACAUCCCUGGACACUAUGACUUGCCUCCUGUCCGGCACCCCCCAUCCCCGCCAGUCCGGCGCCAGGACCGCUGAGGAUGGGGCUCGGCAUGCGGGUGCCCGCCCACCUGUGCUCUGCUGCCUGCAGCUGGGACGCAGCCCGGUGCCCUGCCAGGAGCCGGAGAGCAGCACACCCCCCUGCAGCGCCAUCUGUGGAAGCUCGUGGCGAGGAACUGGACUCCUGGGAUCCACUGGGAAGCCAGUGUGCCCUUCCUCAGUGCACACUGCCCACCCCUGUGGGCCCUGUGUAUGGAGGCUGGAUAACUGUGUGAAAUGUCGCUGGUGAAGUGGCUUCAGAUUGGUAUUGAACAUGGAUAUUGCGUAUCUUUCAUGUUCUCUCAGGCUGGACUGUGUGUGUGCGCACAUGUGCACGUUUCUGCCAGUUAGUCAACAGCCCAGUUAACCCAGUUAACACAGGCAUCAAUUUCUUGCAUUCACUCGGUACCUCCUCACCAACUUCUCCAAACACAAGCCUAUCCCUGCUUGCCUGAGAGUCUUUGCACUUCACAGCUGCUCUGGGCCCGAGUCAAAGCUUUCAAAGGCCUUUAUAGUUUCUGCUGUCCUGACCCAGACACUGGCCUCCAGGUUCCCUGUUUAUCCAUAUCUCCCAUCCCACAAGGGACCUACUUGGCCCUCCUGGUUGCUCUUUCUCCCCGGUUCCCCAGUGCACUCCCGUCAGAUCUCAGUUUCCUUCCGGGGCUUACCCUCUUUGCUUGCAGCUGCAGAAGGCUCUCGGGGUGCGGGACACCUCUGAUGCUGGGGUGAUUACUGCAGAAUGGUUUGAGGAAGGUCUGCCUCACCCUGGACUGUGAGUUCCCUGAAGGCAGGCCUGUGUACAUUCGUUCCCCCAGACACACAAUA